UUCAUCUUCACCUCCCCAACAUCCACCAAUUGAUCUUUCCUAGGCAGCUCUCUCUUGCUUAUGAACCCCCAUUGUUAGGACUUCAGUUUCCUGCCUCUCAGCCAUCAUGUCCCUCUUUCACAACUCAGUGACAUCAUCCAUGAGGCUGAUCUAUCGAGACGCCAGUCGCCGAGCAUGUUCGCAGACAACUAGGGCCUUCUCGUCCUGCCGGCAGUCCUACCAGUCAUCAAAGCGCGAACUGCAAACUGCAACAGCCUACAGACCGCAAACCCUGCCCGAGCCAUUUCCUCCACGAAACCUUGAGGCUUCAGACCAUUCUAUCUCAAAGGCCAUUCCAGGUAUAGGCGGUGCCGAACUGCCAUCAGAUCUCCCCUACACAAAGGGUCCCGACCGCUUCAAGCGUUAUAGCCUCCCAGAAAGCGACGCGCACAAAGCCCACCCACUUCCUACCCAGACUCCCGCGACCCCUGCAACCCCACCAUCAUCCGCGGAAGCCACGAAGAAGCCGCGUCGGAGUAAAUUACGACCGCGCAAAGCUGCGAUGACUCUCACACCAGCGGCUGUAGAGCAAAUACGCAAUCUGCUGUCUCAGCCAGAUCCCAAGAUGAUCCGUGUGGGUGUGAAGAAUCGGGGUUGCUCCGGCUUGGCAUAUCAUUUGGAAUUCGUUGAGAAACCGGCGCCUUUUGAUGAAGUGGUGGAACAAGACGGCAUUAAAGUGCUGAUCGACAGCAAAGCCUUGUUCAGCAUAAUUGGCAGCGAGAUGGACUGGCAGGAGGAUAAGCUGGCAAGCCGUUUUGUGUUCAAGAACCCCAACAUAAAGGAUGAAUGCGGCUGUGGCGAAUCAUUCAUGGUAUGAUGACCGCUUUUGCAAU